UUUUAUAUAUAUCAGGCAACCCGCACAACGUACGCCAUCACAUCAGUGGUGGAAAGUCGGCAGGUCUCUUUCUUUUGUAGACGUACGCCAUUGCGGGCGUGUUGUAUUUUUUAAAUCGUCGGUCGAAAAUCAUCCAACAUCCAACAUGGUCAAUUUCACUGUAGACGAAAUCCGUGCCUUGAUGGACAAAAAGCGGAAUAUCCGUAAUAUGUCCGUCAUUGCUCACGUCGACCACGGAAAGUCAACCUUAACCGAUUCGCUGGUCUCGAAGGCUGGUAUUAUCGCUGGAGCUAAGGCCGGUGAAACUCGUUUCACGGAUACGCGCAAGGACGAGCAGGAACGAUGCAUUACCAUCAAGUCAACCGCUAUUUCCAUGUACUUCGAGUUGGAAGACAAGGAUUUGGCCUUCAUCACCCAUGCUGACCAGCGCGAGAAGGACGAGAAAGGUUUCUUGAUCAAUUUGAUCGAUUCGCCCGGGCACGUCGAUUUCUCCUCUGAAGUUACAGCCGCUCUGCGUGUAACUGAUGGAGCUCUUGUUGUUGUCGAUUGCGUAUCAGGUGUGUGCGUCCAAACUGAAACUGUCUUGCGUCAAGCUAUUGCCGAACGUAUCAAGCCCAUUCUAUUCAUGAACAAGAUGGACCGUGCCUUGUUGGAAUUGCAAUUGGACGCUGAAGAAUUGUAUCAAACUUUCCAACGUAUCGUUGAAAACGUGAACGUUAUCAUUGCUACUUACAACGACGAUGGUGGUCCAAUGGGUGAAGUUCGUGUCGAUCCAUCAAAGGGUUCAGUCGGUUUCGGUUCCGGUCUUCACGGCUGGGCUUUCACCUUGAAACAAUUCUCUGAAAUGUAUGCUGAGAAAUUCAAGAUUGACACUGUUAAAUUGAUGAACCGUUUGUGGGGUGAAAACUUCUUUAACGGCAAAACAAAGAAAUGGUCGAAACAAAAGGAUGCUGACAACAAGCGUUCCUUCUGCAUGUACAUCCUCGACCCCAUCUACAAAGUGUUCGAUUGCAUCAUGAACUACAAAAAAGAAGAAAUCCCAGUCCUCCUAGAGAAAAUUGGAGUCACCAUCAAGCACGAAGACAAGGACAAGGACGGCAAAGCUAUGUUGAAGCUUGUCAUGCGUACCUGGUUGCCAGCUGGUGAAGCUCUACUUCAGAUGAUUGCCAUCCAUUUGCCAUCACCUGUCGUUGCACAGAAAUACCGUAUGGAAAUGUUGUACGAAGGUCCACUCGACGAUGAAGCCGCUGUUUCUGUCAAGAGCUGCAACCCAGACGGUCCAUUGAUGAUGUACGUGUCAAAGAUGGUACCGACCAGCGACAAGGGACGUUUCUAUGCUUUCGGUCGUGUCUUCUCCGGUAAGGUAGCUACUGGCAUGAAGGCCCGUAUCAUGGGCCCCAACUAUACUCCUGGAAAGAAGGAAGAUUUGUACGAAAAGGCCAUCCAACGUACAAUUCUUAUGAUGGGACGUUACGUUGAAGCUAUUGAAGAUGUUCCAUGCGGUAAUAUUUGCGGUUUGGUCGGUGUCGAUCAGUUCUUGGUCAAGACCGGUACCAUUACUACUUUCAAGGAUGCUCACAACAUGAAGGUCAUGAAAUUCUCAGUAUCUCCAGUCGUGCGUGUUGCUGUCGAACCCAAGAAUCCCGCCGAUCUGCCAAAACUCGUUGAAGGUCUCAAGCGUCUCGCCAAAUCCGAUCCUAUGGUUCAAUGUAUCAUUGAAGAAUCCGGUGAACAUAUUAUUGCUGGUGCCGGUGAAUUGCACUUGGAAAUUUGCUUGAAAGAUUUGGAAGAAGAUCACGCUUGCAUUCCCCUUAAGAAAUCCGACCCCGUUGUAUCAUACAGAGAAACCGUUAGUGAUGAAUCCGAUCAAAUGUGUCUAUCAAAAUCACCAAACAAGCACAAUCGUUUGUUCCUGAAAUCGUGCCCAAUGCCCGAAGGUUUACCCGAGGAUAUUGACAAAGGUGAUGUUAGCAAUCGUGAUGACUUCAAGGUUCGCGCCCGUUAUUUGGCUGAGAAAUACGAUUAUGAUGUAACUGAAGCCCGUAAGAUCUGGUGCUUCGGACCUGACGGCACAGGACCCAAUUUCAUCAUUGAUUGCACCAAGGGAGUACAGUACUUGAACGAAAUCAAGGAUUCCGUCGUAGCAGGUUUCCAAUGGGCGACGAAGGAAGGUGUCUUGUCUGAAGAAAAUAUGCGAGGUAUCCGUUUCAACAUUUACGAUGUCACCCUUCACGCUGACGCUAUCCAUCGUGGUGGCGGUCAAAUCAUUCCAACUACUCGUCGUGUCUUGUACGCCUCCGUCAUCACGGCCAAGCCACGUCUCAUGGAGCCAGUGUACUUGUGUGAAAUCCAAUGUCCCGAAGUCGCUGUCGGUGGUAUCUACGGUGUAUUGAAUAGGCGUCGUGGUCACGUAUUCGAAGAAGCUCAAGUGGCUGGCACACCCAUGUUCGUCGUUAAAGCUUACUUGCCUGUAAACGAAUCGUUCGGUUUCACAGCCGAUUUACGUUCCAAUACCGGCGGUCAAGCCUUCCCACAAUGCGUGUUCGAUCAUUGGCAAAUCUUCCCAGGAGAUCCAAUGGAAACUGGCACCAAACCAUACCAAAUUGUACAGGAUACACGUAAACGUAAGGGUCUGAAGGAAGGACUACCAGAUCUUACCCAAUACUUAGAUAAAUUGUAAAAAGUAUGUCCCGAUUGUGUGCGGAAGUGAUGGAGGAGGGAGUGAAGGGAGAAGAAGGACCGAAGCGUGGCUGAAAUCUAUUUUCAUCAGAAACGAACCACCAGGACAGCUUCAACAGCGCUUUUUAAGUAGAGAACCAACACCAGGAAAAGCAGCAACAACAAACAUUUUAUCUUUCUUUAUGUUAAAACUUUUUUUAUUAAUAAUUUUUCUAUUCUAUUCGUAUAUAUGAUUUUUUGUUUGUAUUCGAAAGAUAAUAGAGAUGAAGUGGAAACAUAAACAUAACGGACGUGAUCCUUCUUUAUUAUUACUGAUCAGACGCUAUAUAUAUAUAUUUUUUAAACACAUUUUUAUGAUUAAAACAAGCAGAAGAUCUUGUGUUCCCGGGUACAAUAGUAGGCGAAAUCGAGAUAUUAUUAACUGACAAAACCGCGUAGAAGGUGACGACAGGAGAUAUCUAUUUAAAACGAGAGGAAUGAACUCAUCAAAACUUAUAGCAAAAACGAAACAAAUGUAUUAUGGCUAGCACGUAAUGCACAGGAGAAAAGAAACCGAUAUAAAGUGGUGGAAAAUAAUAAAAGAAAAAAUGAAAGUAUAAAAAAACAGGAAA